AUGGCCGCCACCACCUCCCAAGUCCCCGAGAGCCUUGCAAGCCACGCUCAACAGAAACAGCGUCGCGGUGGUGGUAGCGGUUGCUGUGAUGGUGGUGGUGGUAGUGUACCUCCCAAGGCCGUACAAGCUUACGGUGAAAAGGACCGAAGAGACCAAGCGCCAGCAGUCGCCAACGCCAGCCAGUGA